GCCCACUAAACAACAACAAAAAACGCUUGCUCGUAGACAUUACAAUUACGACUGCGACGCAGACACGCGAAUGACAAAAAUACAAUAAGAAGCAGCAAAGCACAUGGGCUCAAAACAGCUGUUUUACGAUUUAUAAACAAAAACAUGAGCGAAACAGCAACAAAUGCAGCGUGUCGCUUGGGGAACUGUGAAGUAUGCGCUGCACAGCCCGCGCGUUAUGCUUGCCCCAAAUGUGAAGUAAAGACUUGCUCUCUGCCCUGCGUGCAAAUACAUAAACGUGAGCUCAACUGCGAUGGCAUACGGAAUCGUACUAAAUUUUUGCCAUUGAGUGAGAUGACAGCACGUGAAUUUAUGAGCGAUUAUUGUUUUCUGGAGGAAUGCACUCGGUAUACAGAGCAACGCAAGCAGGAUCGAUGGAAGCAUCAGCGUGAAUUACCAGUACCUCUGCAACGCCUGCGUACUGCGGCCAAACAACGUGGCAUUCAACUGAAAUUGUUGCAGUCACACUUCAGUCGCCGUCAGCAAAACACCAGCUUUUUAGACUGGAAGCUCUCGCGUUUAUAUUGGCGCGUUGAAUGGAUAUUUACGCAUAGCUUAGACCCUAGCACACACUUUGUGGAUGCACGUUGCGAUGAGCAGCUUACGCUGACAGCCCUGUUGACGAAAUAUUUUAAUGAGCCUCAUAAGCAGUUGCAGCCACACCAAGCCGCUGGCAUUGGUCAAGUAAGCUUAUGGCUGCGUGCCGAGGGAGUUAAACGAAGCGGAACUCGCUGCUUUCAGCUGGCACCACACAAAACACUGGCCGCUAACUUGGCUGGAAAAACUAUCAUAGAGUUUCCCACUAUUUAUGUAAGCUAUGAACAGCGGCCACCAGAAGGAUUGGAAGCUAUUGACAGCGAUGAGGAGUUGGAUAUAGUGCCACCCAGUGCUGAAGUGAAGCCAACUACAGUCAAAGCAACGCAACCAACCGAGCCUACAGAUGUCUUUGCGCUGGCUGCGAGCUUUGAAACUGCGCAAGAUGAUGCGUCUACGGAAUCCAGCAGCGAUGAGCAUGAAGCGCGGGAUGAAGUUUAAUAUACAUACUUCGACUAACUACAAACACAUAAUUUAAUGUGACUAACGCUGUAUAUAGAAUUAAGGAAAGAUUA